CACACCUCACGACUGACUGCAACUCAACCAACUGGACUGCUGCUGCUUGUUGUGGCUGCCGAUGAGCUCUGGCUUCUAUUACAGUCAGUGCAUGAAGACUGGAUGUGCGGUUUGCUGUUUUGGGACAAAUAGACAGGGGCAACUUUUAGAACAGACGCAAACCCCUCCAUGGAGAUUGAAAGCAUGGUGGCAAAUAGUGCUCUGGUUAAAGCCAGGGAAGGCGGAGGGAGCAAAGGCCGCAGCUGGAAAUGGAGAGAGAUGCUUCGCUUUCCUCACAUCAGUCAGUGUGUGGACCUGGCCAUGAACAUAGAACGAGACUACCACAGUCUGUGUGUGCAGCAGCCCAUUGGCAAGAAGCUGUUCCAGCUCUUCUGUCGGAGUCGUCCCGACCUGCAGAACUACAUUUCCCUCCAGGAUGCUUUGGACACUUUUGAGACAAAGUCGGACGAGGAGCGAAGGGAUUUUGGCUUCAGCAUCAUUCAGAGAUUCCUCAUGAAUCAGUCCAAUCAGCGUGUCUCCAUCGUGCUGAGGCAUGAACAGAGCUGCAUCCAGAGUCUGGAGCUCAAUCCCUGUGGGGACGUCUUUCAUGACUGCAGGGAAGACCUGCAUAGAUACCUCUGCGGAGAGCCCUUCGUCCUGUACCAGGAGAGCAUGUUCUUUGACCGUUUCCUGCAGUGGAAGAUGUUGGAGAGGCAGCCAAUCAGCAAGCAGACGUUCAGACAGUACAGGCUGCUGGGGAAAGGAGGGUUUGGAGAGGUGUGGGCUUGUCAGGUGCGAGCCUCAGGGAUGAUGUACGCCUGCAAGAAGCUGGAGAAGACCCACGUGAAGAAGAGGCGGGGAGAGGCCAUGGCUCUGAAUGAGAAACAGAUACUGGAGGGGCUGGACAGUCGAUUUGUGGUGAAUCUGGCCUACGCCUAUGAGACCAAGCACGCGCUCUGCAUGGUGCUGACCAUGAUGAGCGGCGGCGACUUGAGGUUUCACAUUUACAACAUCGGCGUGCCCGGACUGGAGAGAGGCAGAGUCCGUUUCUACGCCGCAGAGGUCUGCUGCGGUUUAAUCCACCUUCACCAGAAGUCCAUACUGUACAGGGAUCUGAAACCAGAAAACAUCCUGCUGGACGACAACGGACACAUCCGCAUCUCAGACCUGGGCCUGGCCGUGAGGCUGUCCGAGGGGAGUCUGGUGCGGGGCAGGGUGGGCACGCACGGAUAUAUGGCCCCCGAGGUGAUCAGCCACGACUACUACGGGAUGAGCGCAGACUGGUGGGGCCUCGGCUGUCUCAUUUAUGAAAUGACGGCAGGGAAACCGCCGUUCAGGGUGCGAGGAGAACAUCCUCACCCCACAGAGAUGGAGAGGAGGAUCCAUACGGAGCAGGAGGUAUACGACGACAAGUUCUACAAGGAGGUGAAAGCCCUCUGCUCCUCGCUGCUGACUAAAGACCCGCAGCUGAGGCUGGGCUGUCAGGGCGCAAAGGGGGGAGAGGUACAGUCACAUCCGUUCUUCCAACAGAUCAACUUCAGGAUGUUGGAGGCAGGACUCGUCGAGCCGCCGUUUAAACCUGAUCCCAGACAGGUGUACUGCAGUGAUGUGCAGGACAUCGAGGAGUUCUCCACAGUGAAGGGCGUCGUCCUGGACGACACCGACAGCAACUUCUACUCCAAGUUCAACACGGGCAGCGUUCCUAACAGCUGGCAAAAUGAGAUGAUAGAGAUGGGAUGUUUCAGGGAGCUGAAUAUUUUUGGCCCCGUCGGGUCUCGAUCCCCAGACCUGGACUGGUCCCAGACCCCCGAGAACCCCAAACGCAGCCUGCUGGACCGAAUCUUCCGCCGACAUCAGCAACCUGCAGACUCAUCAGACGACAGCAGACAGGGUUUGGUGUCCAAUGAAACCUACAUGAAGUCAGGGCUGCUCAGCACCGCCCUCUGAACACCGUCACAGCACAGACACUAAAAACAACCAGCAUCCAUCCACUG